AUGUUUCCGGCGCUUAUUUCACGCAUCGGUUUGUCCGAGAUUUCCGCGUGGAUGCGCGAACAGGAGGAGAAGAGAGAAUACACCUCAAUGUGCGCCCUGGCAGCCGGCGAGGGAUUGGGGGAUGCCACAGAUGUCAUCCGAACUGCUGUGCAGUCAGACAUCGCCUGUUAUGCAGCAGGUGUGGCCAACCUGACAAUGUUUCAGAAGCCCAAAACCAGCCCGUUUCCUGUGCAAAGAAUCACGGGCCUGGACUCGAAACGGCGUGAUGCAGCGGGCUUGAAGCGCUUCGAGCCCUGUCCAGAAGGCUACACCUUCGUCGACGCGGACAUUGGCGGUGGCGCCUUUGCCCGCGUCUUUCUUGUGCGGAACGAGGCCACCCAGGAUCUGCAAGCCAUGAAACGCGUCGAUCGGCAGAAGCUGGCAAAGCAUUUUCAGAUUUCCGCUGGCGAAGCUGAGCAGAUGGUCGAGCAGGAGUUCUGGCAGAUGCAGCGCACGAACCACCCCCACAUCAUCAAGCUGUUUGACUUCUUUCAAGACGAGAGAUAUGCUUAUUUUGUUAUGGAGGCGGUGAAUGGUGGCACUUUGCGCCAGCUUCUGAACACCUUGAAUGCCCCGAAGGGGGAGCGGCCAAAGCUGAGUGAAGGCUUCAUUGCAGAAAUGCUGCAACAAGCCCUGUAUGCUCUGCGACACCUGCAUUAUGAGUCAAGAAUUCACAAAGACGUAAAGCUGGAAAACCUGAUGCUGCUGAGCACUUCGGGCCCCCCACAUCUGGUCUUGAUCGAUCUUGGUGUGGCGGAGACGUUUCAGUCCUCUGCAGGGGAUGCACGGCCCAUGCCGGCUGGCACUCCGCAGACAAUGGCUCCAGAGGUGAUUGACUGCAUGCUUGGGCGAAGAAGCAGCUUCGAUGACCGCUGCGAUGUUUUCAGCUUGGGCAUUGUUGCGCACCAGCUCUUCACAGGUGAUGUGCCCUACAAGGUCGCAUACCGAGGUGGAGGGUCUUACGGCCCGGUCGACUAUGCUCAGACGCGCACCAACAUGAACUGCGAUCUCACCGCCCAGCUGAAGUCGGCUGGCUGUUCCAGAGGAGUUAUCACCCUCGUCAGCCGCAUGCUGGAGAUGGACCCUGCGAAGCGGCCAUCCACCCUGGAAUGCCUGAGUGACGACUGGCUGGUGCAGAAGUGCGAGAACCGCCGCCUCCGGCGCCUUCGGCUCGAGGGCCGGCACUCGCUUGGGGGCGCGGCACUCUCCGUUGAGGAGGAGGAGGCAGCCGGUGAGGAGCUCCUGAGACUGGAAAGGCGGCGCAUCUGCAAAGCCUUGGUGCGUUUUGCCAAGCGGACGCCACUGCAGAGGGCUGUGGCGUUCCACCUGGCCUCGUACCUGCCGGUAGGUGAUCUUCGAAGAGCAGCCGAGAGCUUCAAGCGCGUUGACAAUGAGCAGAGCGGUCACCUGACCUACGAUGAGAUUGCAAACGCGCUGGAGGAGGUUCUCGGCAUCGAACGUGAGCACGGCCUGCGAGUUGCAACUGCUAUGGACACGGACCAGUCUGGACGUCUAGAUUUCCAAGAGUUCUCUGCUGCCGUCGCUGUGCUCAGAGGAGAAAGGGAACAGCGCUUAUACGACACGCUGCUGGAGAAGAUGCAAAUCGAUCCUGCGAAGGACCUCACCCUCCAGGAGGUCCACGCAGCCGUGGAAGUGGCCCUGAAAGGCCCCGUGACUCGGGAGAUGCUCGUCGAGUGGCUGACGAAGGUGGCCAAGAGUGCCCUGCCAAGGAUCGCACUGGGACCUCUACAACGCCCCAGUGGCAGGUGCUGUGAAGAUCCGCAGCAGGCGAGGUGCUCUGAGGACAUGGGAUGGCACUCGCAGUAUGCAGAGGUUGUCGAGGAGAUCGGGUCCAACCUCAAAGAUGGCGACACGGCCGCCUUGGCCGCUUUGCGCUCGCUCCGGGACCAGGAGCCACGUGGAAGUUACGUAGAGGUGACAAACACAAGGCCAGCGCCAUCCGGUGCUCAGCUGCUGACUGUCCCGGUCUCCAUUGCUCCCACCACUGCAACCACAGCGGCCUUGGUCACCAAAGCCGUCACAUCUACGGAGGCUCCGCGAGAGCCACCGGAUCCAUGGAAAGAAGUCCGGAGGCAGAUGGCCACGAGGGCUGCCGAGGUCACCCGGCCAACCUGCAGGACGGCUGGUGCCAAAAAGGGCUGCGAGCGCUGCUGCAGUGAUGGCCACGCGUGGAGGGAGUGCUUCGAUGUGGAGACAUGCGCAGCGCAAGCUCCUCCUGGUGGGAAAUAUGCCUUCGUCCUGGCCCAGGUUCAGCAGCCAGGCCAAAACUGGUUGCCGUACCUCGAGAACAUGCGGGAAGAAGCGGACAGGAUCCAGCAGCAAACGACGGCGACUGUGGACAUCGUGGUUUUGAUACCAACCGCACACGUGGGCAAGCUGCGCGAGACUCAUUGGAGCCGCUUGAAACAGUUUGGGGUCCAGGUUGUGAAAGUGCCUUGGGAACUUCCCCCCGAGCUGCACUGGUGGCCAGACAAUUGGCACCCAGGCAAAGUGGACGGUUGGUGUGGACCGCAAGACUUGGUCCGCCUGCACACCACCGGGCUGGACUCCUUCGAUGCCGUGGCCUUCUACGACCAGGAUGUGGAGUUCCACAGAGCCCUGCUCGGCAGACUUUGUAGGAUCUUGAGGACUCAUGAAGCUUCCUAUUGCAGGCUCCCAUGUUGGUUGCGACUUUGCUUCCCGAACUUUCCCCAAGUGUUUGGCUUGUGGUAUCAAGCCGACAGGUGGAAAACAUCAGGAGUUGACUUCUUCGGGGCCCGCACAUGUUUGCUGCACAAGGUUCCGUCUCAGCUGUGUUCCGUUGCGCUUCCCUGGGCGCCUUGGACUUAUGCGAAAUGGGCUGAAGAUGAGAUCCUUCCUGGGGCCUCGGUCGUUGAGAUGCACAGCCAUUACAGCUCUUGUUGUUUUGGCACUGGGCUUGAGAAGGUCAAGUGGACGGAGGGUCAUGCGGCACCUGCAAGGGGUCUGCUACAGGGGUAG